CUCAUUCUUCCUUCGCACAAAGUAGGUGUACAUUAAUUUUGUACGUGUGGAAAACCCACAGGAAAAUCUAAAAAAAAAUGGAUCGAAACAGUCCCAACGAAGUGAAAACCAACGGUCCCAAAGUGAACGGAAACGAAAAUGGUGUAAAAACUCCAUUUCUGAUCGGAGUUGCCGGUGGAACCGCCAGUGGGAAGUCGACGGUAUGCAAACGUAUCAUGGAACAGCUGGGCCAAGCAGACAUGGAUCACGCUCAGCGACAAGUUGUCUCUAUCAGCCAGGAUAGUUUCUACCGCGAGCUGACGCCUGCGGAGAAGCUGCGAGCCGAGAAGGGACUGUUCAACUUUGAUCAUCCGGAUGCUUUCAACGAGGAACUGAUGCUGGAAACACUGCAGGCCGUACUGCAGGGCCAGAAGGUGGAGAUUAAUGAGUACGACUACCGUAGCAAUGCGGUGUGUCCAGAUAAGAAGCUGAUUAUCUAUCCGGCGGAUGUAGUGCUGUUUGAGGGAAUUUUGGUGUUCUAUUUCCCGGAAAUUAGGGAUCUGUUCCAUAUGAAGCUGUUUGUCGAUACGGAUUCUGACACGAGACUGGCUAGAAGAGUUCCUAGAGACAUAAACGAAAGAGGACGAGACUUGGACCAAGUUCUGAAUGCUUACAUGACGUUUGUGAAACCCGCUUUCGAAGAGUUUUGCUCACCAACCAAAAAAUUCGCAGAUGUGAUCAUCCCACGAGGAGCCGACAACACUGUGGCCAUCGAUCUGAUCGUGCAGCACAUCCGCGAGUUUCUCAACAACCGGACCCGGCAGGAUCACAGUCCGCACCUGGCAACCGGCGGUACCAGUGCGCUGAAUCUUCCCCGCGGCCAAGCUACCUACAAACACUAAACAGAGUAGAAGCAACACCAUAAGAAGCUGAAUUCUUCUGCUAAGUUGGUUUGAUGUUUGUUAGUUUCACCUGUAAGCGAUUUUUCUGGCGUUCCAUCAGUGAUCACUAACGUAGUGGCUAAUUUAAGCUAGCUUGUAUUUGACGAAAAACGCGAGAGUUUUCCAACCUAAUCCUAGUUGAUAAUACAGCAUCCUCCCAUCGCCAUACAAACAAAAACAGCAACAAUGAACAUUAGAAACUCCAACGAGACCACCAGCUAAAAACAUUGAAUAUCUUGAAUUUAUUUACCUGAAAAUUACCUCCUAUUGAUAUUCUACUUCUAUUUUAAUUCAAAAUCUGACCAUUCUAGUCCGUUACUUCGUUUUUCAUUGAGACAAACAAAUGAAGAUGUCAAUUUGAGCAAAUAACAUACAGUUGAGUGCAACGUAAUGCAAAAAAAAACUUGCACGAUUCAGUGUAAAAAGUUUGCAUUCAUACAACCACUAACAGCAGCAACGUUAGACUCCGAAUACCAAAAAUUAGUUCUAGUUCCAUAAAUUGUGCAACAUCCUUGAUGGUAAACAAAAAAAAACCACCUCUCCCCCGAGCCCUCACCAUAUAUCGCUAAUUGUUGACAAGUUGUGUAUAUUUUGUUGUUGAUUAUGCUUUCCAAAAGGCGAUCACCGUCGGUACUGUUUUAAAUUGUUUUCGUUUUGUUAUUUUUUCUCCUACCCUACCAUCCGCCAAAUACUCGGUUUGAACCGUACUGAAAAACUGAAAACUAUAUAUUCUCUGACCACUCACUAAAUAAUAAUAA